GAUAUUUCCUGCGGGUCAAACGAACAAGAAAGCGACUGGAAAGUGAUGUCAUCUACCAUUAGCCUACCAAAAAUAGUAAACAAAUCACAACACCGGCGCGCAGAUACACCCUCAAGAUUCGACCGUCAAGGGAUUCGUUUGCCUAGAGCAAAUAGCUUUUUGAACGUUGCGAAUAUGCCGCUCUCCUCGCGAGGAAAAGGCGAGAAACUAAGACGGCCAGGUGAUACGAAAGGCACAAACUACCUCAUAUGUGAACCAACGGCUGUUGGUCACGCGAUGAACGAGGCUAAUAUAUCACGGUACGCUUUUCGAGCAACACUGGACCGAAUACCCGAAACCGACGGAGAAAAACUUUUGAACACUCAUGGAAAGAGAAAGUCCAAUAGCGGGGAAAGAACACAACAAAAAUCUGGCUUAACA